AUUCCUCCGUCGGGGUAUCCUCGGAAGUGGAGUGGGAACGACUUUAAAAUAGUUAGAUCGGCCGCAGCAUUGAGUAGUCGCCGCUUGACCAGUGCAGCACGCGUCGCAUGUGACAUAUCAUACUGAAUUACAGCGUAAUUGAUACGAUUUCUCGAUAAGCGGGCCUCAUCGUGUCAGUCCGGUACAGUUGCUCGCGCAGUGCCCACCGGCCGUUCCCGUUUCCUCCUCGCUCACCGCCACUGAUCAGGCUCUCCAUUCUCGCACGGCGAAGCGAACAAUGGCGUUGUUCCGUGGCCUGUUCGAUUUCUUUAACGACAAUAAAGUAGAUGAGAAGCUCGGUCUCACUGAGAAGCAAAAGAGGCUGGUGCAGAACACAUGGGCGAUCGUUCGAAAGGACGAGGUGUCGGUCGGCGUAUCCCUUCUAAUGACCUAUUUCAAGCAAUUCCCAGAAGCGCAAAACGAAUUCAAGUCGUUCAAGCAUAUCCCUCUCGACGAACUGCCGAGAAAUAAAAGGUUUCAAGCGCACUGUGCUAAUAUCAUAGCGACACUUGGGAAGCUGCUUGAACAAAUGAACGAUCCAGAAUUAAUGGAAGCGAGCUUGAUCAAUUUUACGGAGAAACAUAAGAACCGCGGGCAAACGCGGCAGCAAUUCGAGAAUUUGAAACAAAUAAUUUUAGAGGCCCUCCCUUCCCUAUUCGGGAAGCAAUACACGCCAGAUGCGCAGCAAGCUUGGAAGCAAACGCUGGACGUGAUCUUUGCGAAAAUCUAUCAAGUUUAUGCAAAUUAAAAUAAGACGCGCACAAUGCUUGAAUUAUAUAACUGGCGAGUAUGUGGCAUGUAUUAUACAGGGUGAGGAAAAAGUACGGAAACCCUCAAAUUUUUCAAACACUAUGCAUUUUAGAAACAAAUUUUUCAGACAAAAGUUAUAUAGUUUCAAGGGGUACAUAAGAUAGUAUUAUUGGUUUGACCUUGGAUAGUCGUUUGAAGGUUACAUGAAGGUAAUCUUGAAUUUUUUAAACAAAAACCUGCAUGGAGGCAGAAAAACCUGAAAAAUUAAUAGAAAAAGAUGAUAUAAUCAGAAACGGAGGUUUAAAAAUUCAAGAUGACCUUCAUGUAACCUUCAAACGACUAUCCAAGGUCAAACCAAUGAUACCAUCUUAUGUCACUCUUGAAACUAUACAACUUUUGUCUUAAACAUUUGUUUCUGAAAUGCAUAGUUUUCAAAUACUUUAAGGGUUUCCAUACUUUUUCCUCACCCUGUAUAUCGCUUUUUUCUGAAGAUAACAUUUAUCGAAAAGUUAGUCGAUCGCCCGAUAGCGAUGUGCUCUUCGCAAGAUGAUAUAGUAUUUACGAAACUUAUAUCACUAACUUUUUGUGCUACGAAAAUUUUACUGCUGUAUGCAAUUAUUAUAUAAUAUAUUGAUUGAUAUUUUUUUUUUUAGAAACGUGACUAAUGAAUAUGAUGCAGCGUGAUGCAAUAUUAUGAAAUUUGUACAUAUUUUAUAUUUAUAUGCCAAUAAAUAUAUUGUGUUAGAUUAAUACAAAAGCAAUGUCCUUAAAUUUUAUA